GCUUUAGCAUACUGUGUUUGGCAUACAGGUGAAUUUAACGCAGUUUCUAUCAUAAAUAUAGUUUAAAGCUUAAUUUACUUAUGUGGCGCCCCUUCAACCAAUGUAGAACUGUCUUCGUGCGGACGCGUUUGUUUACAGCCGGAGGAGGCUGCGCUAGCGACUCUGUUAGCUAAAGUCGACACUACGUUUUCAGUUUAAAUAACAUUAUAGGGUGCCAGCCAUGGGGAAGUCGUUUGCAAAUUUCAUGUGCAAGAAAGAUUUUCACCCUGCGUCGAAGUCAAAUAUCAAAAAGGUAUGGAUAGCAGAGCAGAAACUGACUUUCGAGAAGAAAAAGCAAGAAGACCUUAUGCAGGCAUACCUGAAAGAGCAGGAAACUUACAACAACAGGUUGUUGAUGGGGGAUGAUCGUGUUAAAAAUGGCCUCAAUUUCAUGUACGAGGCUCCACCUGGAGCAUCCAAAGAGGAAAAGAAAGAGGAGGGAGACGAAGACUACAAAUUUGAGUGGCAGAAAGUAGCUCCACGAGAGAAGUAUGCAAAGGAUGACAUGAAUAUUAGAGAUCAGCCAUUUGGAAUCCAGGUGCGCAACGUGAGAUGCAUCAAAUGUCACAAAUGGGGCCAUGUGAAUACAGACAGAGAGUGUCCUCUCUAUGGGCUGUCGGGUAUCAAUGCCAGCUCUAUGGCCCCGGAGGAGACAGCAGGUCCGUCGAUGCACCCCUCGGAGUUAAUGGCGGAGAUGCGAAACAGUGGGUUUGCCCUGAAAAAAUGUGUCCUUGGUAGGAAUGCUACUGUUUGUGAUCCAUCGCAGGAAUAUGUUGCCAGCGAUGAAGAGGACGAUCCUGAGGUGGAAUUUCUGAAGUCGUUAACAACCAAGGAAAAACAGAAGCUCCUCAGAAAACUUGAUCGCCAGGAAAAGAAGGCCAAGAAAAAGAAGAGCAAGAAACAGAAGAAGAAAAGCAAAACAAAACACAAGAAAAAGCAUGAAAGUAGUAGUAGUAGUAGUAGCAGCAGCAGCAGCAGCAGCAGCGAUAGUGGAUCAGAUUCAGACAACCAGGGCAAGUUCAAGAGCCAAAAGAGAAAGAACAAGAAAAAAGAUUCCUGUUGGGAUAACAGCUCUAAGAGCGAGCGGCGAGUCAAGAGUCAGAAAAAGGCCUCUUCUCACAGGAGCAGGUCACCGAGCCCUCACACUGGACAGAGGAUGCCUGAAGAGGAGUCCCGAGAUUACAGACAAACAAGGACAGAGAGGGGAAGGAGCAGGAGUCGAAAUCGCAGCCCGGAGAACAAGAUCAAGUCGGAGGGAGGUCAAGAGAGAAAGAGACACACCAGCAGGGACAGGCAGAGACCUAGUGGCUCCAAGUCUGGUUUGGACAGAAGUAGGAGCCGCGAGAGAGGCAGGGAGGACAGAGGUAAAGACAGGCGUCGCAGUAGAGAUGGUGAGAGGAACAGAAGUAGCACAGAUGGAAGGAAAGGCAGAACAGCAGAUGGGAGGAGUGGAAGCAGGGAAAGAGGGAAAGAUAGGGAGGGUAAAGGAAGAAGCAGGAGUAGGAGCGGGAGCAGGAGUAGGAGGAGUAGGGAGAGAAGAGAGAGAAGCCAAGACAGAGCUAAGAGAAAGCGCUGAUUUUUCUUUUCCCUCUUACAGUAACAAUGAACAAGACGUGAAAAGAUUUAGAAUUUUUGCUGUUUAGUAUUUCUCUCUCGAUCACACAGAGUCCCUCUAUUUAAAAACCAGAUUGCAGAUGUUGUGUAUAUCGGUCUCCUUUUCUUCCAGUAGAGGGAAGCAGUCGACAGAAAAUAUCUAGAUGCAGCUCAUUGCAUUCUUGUGUUGUCUUGUACUGUAUGAAAGGGUCUAGAUUAAUUGAUUACCAUUGGAAGCAAUUUGCAGCUAUGAUCUGUUGAUGGGAAAAUGUUAGGCUCAUUUUCAUGGUCAGUUGGCUGCUUCGAAGACUAUUUCUGUGGCUGCAGUUUUUAUCCUCCUUUCAUUAUUGUGUCUUUUUUUGGAAAUAUGGCUAUUGUAAAGCUGUAAUGCUGAGAGGGCUGUUGACCUCUGCAAAAAUCGGGACUUUUAUUUUCAAAUUAAAUGUUUAAUCCUCUCA